AAACAGAGGGGCCCCUGACUUCGAGGAAAGUAUUUACACCUAAAGCUAAAGAAAUUGGUUGGUAAAAAAUCAAUUCCAUUUCUUGUCUUUUAUCUGUCCUGAGAAAUUCAAAAUAUAUAGGGUCUAUCGUACGGAAUCGGCUGGAAAAUACACUGUACGCGGAUCCAAAGGAGCGUUUUGUCACGUGCCUGAGAGUGAGAAUCCCCUUCUAUCAAAUCAUCGAAAGCAUCCAGUGUAGAAAAGAAAAGAAAAAAGUUUUCAUGAAUUUGUGUCAUGUUGAACUAAAUGUGGGACUGUUAUGUUGUUAAUUCAGCUCAACAACAUAGAUACCAAGCACUAUAUAAAUAGGGUCAAAUUUAUACUGUACCUAAGUAAUGAGCAUAUAAAUACAAUGAAAACAUAUGGCUGGACCGCAAAUCGAACCCAGGACGCCUGCAACUCUAGUCAGGAGCUCUACCCCUCAGCUACCUAGGCCAAUUAUAUAUCCAUGAUCUAUAUAGCCCCAGACUACAUAUUGCGAAUUAUCAACUGAUUAAAAUGCCACCACGGCGGUCCAAACGGAUGAGAAUUGAGAUGACAAGGGCGAGCGAAAGUAGAACGGCAAGGACCAGGGAGCAGCGACCCAAUGGUAUAAUGGAUGAUGGCCCAUCAGAACCGGUGCAAACCAAUUCGGAGGUCACGCAACCAUCAAGGACAACGACGUCAUCUUCUUAUGCCAUAUGCAUGGACGAUAUUCCUCCAGCAGUCCCAUCGAUCCACAACAUGCUAGGUAUGCACGUUAGCAACGCAAUUAAACAAAAAAUUAUAGAAGGGCAGUAUAUUGAUCUGGCCUCUCUAUUACCUCCUAGACCUGGUGGGGAUGAGAAAAAAUUAAUUGUAAAUAAUAUGGGGGAAAUAAUAUCCAAGGAUGCUAACCCCAAAAAUGUUGAUACCAUAGAACAGUGGACUGAUCUCAUGUUUAUAUUUGCUGGGAUUUAUCUUAGUGGCCACCCUGCUAAAUCCAUAGAGCUUUUGAAAUACAUGCAUUGUGUUAGGAUGGGGGCUAAUAGGGGAGCAAUGGGAUGGAAAGAAUACGAUGUUCAGUAUAGGUUACGUAUGGCUCAUAAUCCAGCAUCAUCAUGGGAGGAAGUGGAUUCUGAGCUCUGGUUAAUGUACAUGACCCCAACUUCAACCGUUAAUGCUCCUCAAACCCUGCCCAGAGCUACAUCCAUAGGAAAGUGCUACAACUUCAAUUUCAAAGGGUCUUGCGAAAAGUUUCCUUGCACGUACACUCACAGUUGUUUACGUUGUAGCGGCCAGCAUGCUAUGAUACACUGCACUCUUGCUCAAACUCAUAUGCAUAAUUUUCGUGCCCCCAGAUUCCCAACACAACAUGCUAACAAUCAACCCAGGACACAACAAUCGCAUUUCAGGGGACCCCAGAACCCCAACAACCUGCGCCCCCGUUUUUGAUUUACAAACCCACAAGGUGUGGGGCCUCGGCAAAACCCCUAUUAAACUCCCGGCACUUGAGAAGUACUUGUCAGAUUAUCCAAAAACUCAGACUGCGAAAAAAUUAUUUUAGGGUUUUCCCAGGGUUUUCAAUUAUAUUACACGGGGCCAAGAAUUCAUAUUCAAUCAAAAAAUUUGAUAUCUGCGUAUGAACAUCACAACGAGCUUCGAGAAAAAAUAAUGAAGGAAGUAGAAUUAGGACGGGUUGGGGGGCCAUUUCGGGAUCUACCAAUUUCAAACCUCCGCAUAUCUCCUAUCGGAGUGGUGCCAAAGGGGGACAAAUCUGGUUGGAGAUUUAUAACACACCUCUCAUUUCCUAAAUUCAAUAGCGUAAAUUUUUUCAAAGACCCAGAGGAAAGCUCAGUUAAAUAUACAUCUUUUGACUCGGUUAUACAGAUGAUUGCUAAAAUUGGUCAGGGGGCAUUUAUAGCAAAAUGCGAUAUAAAAUCAGCUUUUAGACUUUUGCCAAUAUGUCCAGGGGAUUUUGACCUACUUGGUUUUAUGUUUGAUGAUAUGUACUACAUUGAUAAGUGUUUACCAAUGGGGUGUUCUGUGUCAUGUAAGGUCUUUGAAGAAUUUGCAACAUUUUUAAACUGGUUGGCAAUAAUAAAAUCUCAUGUAGACACAUUAAUAGACUACUAUUUGGACGACUUCAUAUUUGCGGGUCACAAUGCUUCUGUUUGUAAGGACACCAUGUCUACAUUUCAUAGUAUUUGUCAUAUGUAAUUUUUUUGUUGGCUAAUUUGUUGCCCCAAAUGAUAACAGAUAAAACCACAGGGAUAAACUCUAAUAGGGUCAUGUCGUGAUGCCCAUCGAUAUAUUUCCAAUUUUUGGGCCAACUAAAGAAACACCACUCCCCAUUCAAAUACGCCCCACAUCCUAGUUGAGCAGACCCUGAGCUAUCGGUGAACAAAUUAAGAUUUUGAUCUGAAUACCAUUCUUCUUCUAAGAAAUAAACCACACCGUUAAAAUCCUCCAAAAACCUACACUACAUAAAAAUAUCCUCCCGCAUAGAUUGAGUAACUCUUAGGUAAUGAUGUGGUUCCGUGACACCGAUGGUGGCGUCAUACAGGCGCCGUACAAAUGCACGGCCUGGCCGAAUUGCCCUUGUAAAGAAAUUAAGUUUUCCCAGCACUGACUGCAACUGCUUAAGUGUGACUUUUUUGAGUGGGAACAAUUGUUUUAAAAGAUUUUGGAGUUCAACACAUUUUGCUGGCAUUUCAUGGUUUAUUUCGCGUCGGUGAAUUGACUGUUAAAUUCCGAACAAUAUUGUACUUGGUAUGGAAAAUCUAACUCUAGACCCUGAUAAACAGCUAUUGUUAAUCAAUCUCAAUCAUUCCAAGACUGACCAGGUAGGAAAAGAUACCAUUUUGCAAAUUGGUAAAUCUGAGGGAGUUGCGUGUCCAUUCAAGCUUGUUGAGAAAUAUUUAAGUGUCCGUCCGUUGACUGCAGGGCCUCUUUUUUGUCACUUCGCAUACCAAAAUUCUAACUCAUAGGCUUUGCUUAUCUAUUGUAGACAAACAAAAAGUGUGGUUAGUGGGGUCCUCAAUACUGAAGCAUGCUCAAUUAGAAGCAUUUUUAAGACCUGGAGGUCUUCACCUGAACCUGAAAAGGCUAAAUAUUUCAUUAUGGUGGCAGGGGUACAGUGGCCUGAAAUU